AUGAACAGAAUAUCUUCAGGUUUAUAUCGUGUUAGAGUUGCUUCAUCAUUCGCUAGAUCGAACCAACGAAUAACAAACUACUUUUAUAGACGAUCUAUAUCACAUACGUUUCAUAUUAAUAAGAUGGCAUCCAAAAGAGAAGGUUGGAACCCAAAUUUGACUGCCGAACAACUAAAUGUUUUAAGAGAUAAAGGUACCGAAAGACCAGGGACAGGUCUCUAUCUGAGUACCAAAGAGAAAGGUGUAUACCAUUGUGCAAAUUGUGAUGCACCAAUAUAUAAGAGCGACUCCAAAUUCGACUCUGCAUGUGGAUGGCCAGCUUUCAAUCAUGAGAUGUCAAAUGAUGCAUUGACCUAUCAUGUUGACAAUACAAUGGGAAUGGAACGUACUGAAAUUUGCUGUGCUAAGUGUGGAGGACAUAUGGGACACGUCUUCAAAGGUGAAGGAUGGGAUAAAUUAUUGGGUUUACCAAAGGAUGAAAGACAUUGUGUUAAUAGUCUGUCCCUGAAUUUCAAAAAAGAAAAAGAGUAA